UCCUUACACUCUUCGAAAUGUUUAUAACGCUUGAAGACUUUUCUAAGUGGGUGAGCCCUUAAAACAAACGCCGUUUUUUCUUCUCAAUUUCGUCCAUGGGAGUUGGUGUCUAACGGCAAUAUUAGAGCGACAAAGAAAAUCCGGGAGUUCUUGGCCGGCAAGGACCAUGGCGACCACGCAGAGCUCUGCCGUCCUGCUGAUUUUUAGCGUCAUGAUUGGUCUGAGCUGCUCCCUGAACCCCAGAGACCCGAAUGUGUGCAGCCUGUGGGAGAGCUUCACCACCUCAGUCAAAGAGUCCUACUCGCAUCCUUACGACCACAUGACGGAGGAGCCCUGUUCGGACCCUCGGACCUCCUACAGAUGCGUGCGCCACAGGAUCACCUACAAGACGGCCUACAGGCAGGCGGUGAAGACUGACUAUCGCAAGCGGUACCAGUGCUGUCCAGGCUAUUACGAGAGCAGAGACAAAUGUGUCCCCCGCUGCACCAAGGAGUGUGUCCACGGCCGGUGUGUCGCGCCAGACCGUUGCCAGUGUGAGGGAGGCUGGCGCGGAGAUGACUGUUCCAGCGCCUGUGAUGAAAAACACUGGGGCCCAGGCUGCAGUCAGUGGUGCAAAUGUGAGAACGGCGCUCUCUGCGAUCCUGUGAAGGGGGCGUGUCAGUGUCUUCCAGGGUUCAUAGGACGCUACUGCGAGGAGUCCUGUCCCGCAGGCACCUUUGGGAAGGGCUGCCUGCAGAGGUGCAAGUGUGGGACCGGAGGAUCUUGCGAUAAAGCAACAGGAGAGUGCGUAUGUCGGGAUGGAUUCACCGGGACAUUCUGUGAGAAGGCGUGUGUCAGGAAAUGCCAGGCACGAUGCCCCUGCCAGAAUGGUGGCAUCUGUAGGGGCAAAGGGAUCUGCGCUUGCCCCCCUGGAUGGACGGGUGCAGUCUGUACGGAGCGAUGUCCAGAGGGAAGGUUUGGACCAAACUGUGCUGAGGAGUGUGUCUGCCACAACAGGGGCAAAUGUGAUCCUGAAACUGGACAGUGCCAGUGCGCUAAAGGUUUCACCGGUAACAGGUGUAAUGAGGAGUGCGCUGCAGGCACUUACGGUCAGGACUGCAAAGGUGUGUGUGACUGUGCAAAUGGCGCUCGCUGCUACAACAUUGACGGGGGCUGUCUCUGUGAGCCGGGCUUCAGUGGUCCACACUGCAGGGACAGGAUGUGUGGAUCCGGCAAAUAUGGCAUGCACUGCGAACGCUCAUGUCUCUGUCAGGAAAAGCACACACUCAGCUGCCAUCCAAUGAAAGGAGAGUGCACAUGCCAGCCGGGGUGGGCAGGACUGCACUGUAAUGAGACGUGCGCUCAUGGUUUCUACGGUCACGGUUGCCUGGAGCCCUGUCUGUGUGUGAACGGAGGGGUGUGUGAUAGCGCCACCGGCCAAUGUCACUGUGCCCCAGGGUUCACGGGUGUUCACUGUGAGAGUCCAUGUAAAAGUGGCACCUACGGCAAAAACUGCUCCCUGGAGUGCUCCUGCGAAAACUUUGUCGACUGCUCACCAAUCGACGGGAUGUGCUUCUGCAAAGAGGGCUGGCGAGGGCCAGACUGUUCCACCCCCUGCUCUGAGGGAACCUGGGGCCCAGGAUGCAACGCCACCUGCCACUGCGCCAACGGGGCAAAAUGUAACCCUGCAGAUGGAUCCUGCACCUGCACAGCCGGCUGGCAGGGGGAGCACUGUGACCAACUGUGCCCCAGGGACACAUUUGGGCCGGGCUGCCUGAAGAGGUGUGAUUGUGUUCAUGCCGACGGCUGCCAAGCUACCACCGGGGAGUGCCGCUGUCUGCCAGGGUGGUGGGGCUCCCGCUGUAGUGAGCCAUGUUCAGAGGGCUUGUGGGGGCGCCACUGUAACCAGACCUGUUUCAAGCAUUGUCCCAACAGUGACACAUGCUUAAGGGAAACUGGAGCGUGUGUGUGUCGUCCAGGCUUCUGGGGAGUCACCUGUCAGAACAAGUGCAGAGCUGGUAUGUAUGGGGAGCAGUGCAGCAUGUCCUGCCCAUCCUGUGGACAGUCGUACCGCUGCCAUCAUGUGACAGGGGAGUGUGACUGCCUACCUGGAUACACCGGACACAACUGUGAUCAAGUUUGUCCGGCGGGCUACUAUGGCAAACAGUGUUCUGAGGUGUGUGUCAAAUGUGCCAACAACUCGACAUGCAACCACCGGGACGGUCACUGUGAAUGUUUGCCUGGCUGGACUGCUACUGACUGCUCCAUACCCUGUAAUCCAGGACGCUUUGGCCCAUUCUGUACUCAGACCUGCUCCUGUCCUACCAACCUGCUCUGUGACCGAUUUACUGGAGACUGUGCUUGUGAAAGUGGAGGAGAUGACUGCAAACAAGACUCCUCUGAGCAGUCAGGGAGCGUCAUGGUCCCUCUUCCGCCUGGUGAGAGGGAGUCGUGGGGGGCCAUCGGCGGCAUCGUCGUGCUCGUCAUUCUGGUAGUCUUGCUGCUGGCUCUGCUGCUGCUCUACCGCCGCCGGCAGAAGGACAAGCAGAACAACACGCCGACCGUCUCCUUUUCCACCAGCCGCACCGUCAACUCGGAAUAUGCCGUUCCAGAUGUUCCUCACAGCUACCACCACUACUACUCCAACCCCAGCUACCACACGCUGAGCCAGAACAGGCCUCCACUGCCCCACCUCCCCAACAACCACGACCGCACCAUCAAGAAUACCAAUAACCAGCUGUUCUGCAGCGUGAAAAACAUGGAGCGGGAGAGGCGGGGCCUGUUUGGGGUCGAGAGCAACGCGACUCUGCCCGCAGACUGGAAACACCACGAGCCCCGCAAAGACCCAGGGGCUUUUGGAAUCGAUCGGAGCUACAGCUAUAGUGCCAGCCUCGGAAAAUAUUACAGCAAAGAGCUGAAGGAUACGGUGGCGGCGAGCAGCAGCUCUCUGAACAGCGAGAAUCCGUACGCCACCAUCAAAGACCUGCCAGGCCUGCCCUUCUGCCCCCCGGAGAGCAGCUACAUGGAGAUGAAGUCGGCCGUGCCCAGGGAGCGAGCGUACACCGAGAUCAGCCCGCCGCCGUUCAACCCGGCCACCUUGCACAGAGAGCGUCAGAGCUCCCUCGGUCACGCUCCACACGAGGACCCGCAGAGCCACUACGACCUCCCUGUGAACAGCCACAUCCCGGGACACUAUGACCUGCCACCAGUCCGCCGCCCCCCCUCCCCUUCCCCCAGGGGAUCACCUCAGUGACACUCGAAGCAGCGCAGCAAGUUUUCCGUCCUCCUCCUCACUUUGAGGAUGAUUUCUGGCCCCAACGCUCGCAAAAUAAAAGAGCAAACCCAACGGUCCCGCCUGACGAUCGGAGCUGUAGACCACCCACAGAGCAGCAGCUAGGCGUCUGUCCCGCUGAGGAACUAUUGUUCACUGUGGAUGGCCCCCUUUCAACUCAACACUGCCCCUCUGUGGGCUAAGGUGGUACUCACUUCACCACGACAGACUUGUCAUCCAGACUGGGGAGCCAGCAGGCUGCGGUGAGGAAGGCUGGACUGUGGCGACGCCAGCGGGGCUUCAGCUGCAUUCACCUCCCAUGGGAAGAAAAUACACCAAAAGACUCCACGGUUAAAAGCAGCAACUUGAGAAUGUUUAUGUGUUUGAACUCAUCUAAACAUGCUGCAAUUGAAGUUUUUCCACUAAUUUCGUUUGCUACUAAUCUGCUUGUUGUACAUGUUCAACAUGCGCCUUUCAUCAGAGAUCAAGUUUUCUCCGGUCAUCGAAUAUGACAAAUGUUUGACUUUUGUUUUUGUUUUUUUUUAAAUUUAAGUAUAUCGAAUCUACAAAACCCAAACUUUUUUAACAGGCAGCUUUGGAUGAACUCAUCAUAAUCUGCUCCUUGUGAAAACCCUGUCAACCUCGAAGAGGAAAAGGCUUCGGGACCUUUUAAAGAUGCCCUCUGAUGCAUUUGAGUUCACGUCUCACAGCAGCCUGAAUACUGAAACAAUAUACUGCCAGAGUUUGGGUCUUGUCACAGACUAAUGACCAAAAAUGAUUUCUUUAUUGCUGAUAUUCAGGAUUCAGGAAUCUGGAGAAGUCAGCUUGCUUCACCAAAGCAUCAAUAUUUGUUUACCACCUGAGAGCCAAGAUCAAUAGCAUUUUUACAAUAAUCCAUAUCACUGUUUUUUAUUUU